ACAUCCCUGCGGGUUGCACACGGGCUUCCGCAUACUUGGUGAAUUGUUAGGAAAACCGCACACGAAACAUCAUUGGAAUCAAAUCUCUUCUGUAUUAGAGGACAUCGACUCGACGUUUCUCACUUUUAAGACUGACUGGUAAAGCGCUGUCUGUCUUGCAGCCUGAAUAACAUUACCUAUUCCUUUCUUUAUCUACAGCUGCUUCGCAUCUAGAAUGCCCGAGGAGACAGACGGCCCGUCCAAGCCAUUGGAUAUUUGCGCCUUGCCUCAAGAACUUUUCUUCAUGAUACUGAAUUAUCUUGAACCUCCAGAUGUUAUCCGUUGCCGUCGUGUCUGCAAGUCCUGGUACAACGCCUUUGGUAAUCCAACCAACCUUAUCCCGCUGCUAAAGAAAUGGUAUCCUCUUGCCAAGGAAGUCAGGGAGUUGCGUGAGAAGGGAAUUCUCAAUGACCUGAACUUGAAAGGCGAAGAGUACCGUUACUGGCAAAGAAUAUUUGACCGAGUAACCUCACGAUACGACCAUCUUGCAAGAGGAGAACCGCGUUCUAUCAGGAAAUUCAGGUUAUGUCUUGACAAUCCUGAUUAUUCGAGCAAAUGGUUUCAAGUCCCACCAUGGGAGAGCCACAAAAGUCACCCGAAUGGGAGAGUCGACAAAAUCUUCAAGCAAGUAUUCUGGACGUAUGAGGACGGACUUCUGGUCUAUCCCAGCGAAGUGCAUCACUCUCUCGUUCUCCUGGACCUCAAUACUGACGCUACCUUUGUCGUACCGUUCCCUAUAAGUAAUAAAGUUAUCCGCAGGGUUCGCCUACAGGAUAAGCUCCUUAUUGUUGAAUGGGCAGAGCCUAAUAUCUUCCACUGGUUAAAUGAUGAUGACGGUGUCCAUCGUCACUUCGCCUCUUCCUUUGACAUCCGGCCAGAAGGAGAAGGUUGGGAUAUCACUUUCCGAAAUGAAUGGAAAAUUAUGUUCCUCGGACACCCACUGAGCGAGAGAGAUCGUUUCUUCUCAUCUCACGAUAACACACAUUAUGUUGUAUACGCAUGGCAGCCGAACCGCAGUCUUUAUACGGGCGACGAAGAUGCUCCAAUUGAAUCACUUUUCGUCUGGGACAUAUCGCAGCCUUCAUCUUACAGGCCGUCUCUAGAUCCGACUGGGCGUGAGAAAGGAGACGACUCUGAAAAUGGACCCACGACUGUUGCUCGCCUUGGAUUCAGAGACCUGGGCUUUUAUUCAGUCAGACAGAGAGGAUGUCCGAGAAUUAUGAAGCUGGACAUUAACAGCGAGGCUUGUACCGUAGAUAUUACGGAGAACGUGUCCAUGGUACCUGGAGACCCCUAUGCCAACCCACAAGAAUGGAACUGUGACCUUCAAACGAUAAGCAUACCCUUCCACGGCCAUGGCCCUUGUUGGAAGCGCAAUGCAGGUAUUUCGUUGCCUGCAUACCGUGGAAAUAGUGGCAUGCAGCCUGCUCCUCUGACGACAGAGUUUCCCUGGUACCGUAUAAUAUCUGAGACCUCUGACCCGCAGGCUCAGGUCAGUUUCAGCAUCCUCUCUCAGCAUAUAAGUGUGUUUGGGUUGACGGGAUUCUUCCUCACCACGGUGAUACGAACACCGUAUUCUUGCACCACCAUGAGCCACGAAGGAUUACCUGAGAUAUCAUACAAAGGUAUGAUUUGUGGUAACGAGAGAUAUGUUAUUGGUGAAAGCAAAAACAAUGAGCUCGUUGUUUUCCAAUUUGACAGAUGAAGUCCAGCACAUCUUGGGUAGAGCAUAUACCCUUCUGGUCGUCGCCAGCUACGCUGUGUUGGCAAUAAUGCCGUGCAAAUACCAUUCGCAUCCAGGUAAA